CGGCCUUUGAGCUGUGGGGAAGAUCCAGCAGCAGCUGCGGUGACUACUAAGCUUCCAGUACUUUGCGUUCGGGAUCGGGUGCUGGGGAACGAGGAUCGGUACCCAAGGGUAGCCGAAGCCAAGCAGGCGUCCGAGCCAAAAACAUGACCGCUGAGCCCAUGAGUGAAAGCAAGUUGAAUACAUUGGUGCAGAAGCUUCAUGACUUCCUAGCACAUUCGUCAGAAGAAUCUGAGGAAACGUGUUCUUCGCCACGAGUUUUUAUGAACCAAAGCACAGAUAAAAACAGUGGUUCUGUAAUUAACUCUGAUAUGAUGGAAAAUAACAAGGAAGAGGGAACUAGCACCUCAGAAAAAUCCAAAUCAUUAGGAUCAUCACGGUCAAAGAGGAAACCUUCAAUUGUGACAAAAUAUGUAGAAUCUGAUGAUGAAAAACCAAUGGAUGAGAAUGUAAAUGAAAAAGCUGCUAAUGAGAAUUCAGAAAAUGAAAUUACUAUGCAAAGCUUGCCAAAAGGUACAGUGAUUGUACAACCAGAGCCAGUGCUGAAUGAAGACAAAGAUGAUUUUAAAGGGCCUGAAUUUAGAAGCAGAAGUAAAAUGAAAACUGAAAAUCUCAAAAAACGCGGAGACGAUGGACUUCAUGGGAUCGUGAGCUGCACAGCUUGUGGACAACAGGUCAAUCAUUUUCAAAAAGAUUCAAUUUAUAGACACCCUUCACUGAAAGUUCUUAUUUGUAAGAACUGUUUUAAGUAUUAUAUGAGUGACGAUAUUAGCCGUGACUCAGAUGGAAUGGAUGAGCAAUGUAGAUGGUGUGCAGAAGGUGGGAACUUGAUUUGUUGCGACUUUUGCCAUAAUGCCUUCUGUAAGAAAUGCAUCUUGCGCAACCUUGGUCAAAAGGAGUUAUCUACAAUACUGGAUGAAAACAAUCAAUGGUAUUGCUACAUUUGUCAACCCGAGCCUCUAUUGGACUUGGUCACUGCAUGUAACAGCGUAUUUGAGAAUUUAGAACAGUUGUUGCAACAAAAUAAGAAGAAGAUAAAAGUUGACAGUGAAAAGAGUAGUAAAGUAUGUGACCAAACAUCCAAAUUUUCUCCAAAGAAGAAUAGUUCUAGUUGUAAUGGAGAAGAAAAAAAACUAGAGGAUUCAUGUUCUGGUUCUGUAACUUGCACUUACUCAGCACUCACUGUGCCCGAAGAAUUAAAUAAGAAGACAAAAAAACUGAUUGAGACUACAUCUAACAUGAACUCUAGUUAUGUUAAAUUUCUGAAACAGGCAGCAGAUAAUUCAGAAAUGAGUCCUGCUCUGAAGUUACGUCAGCUUAAGGCUUUUAAAUCUGUGUUGGCUGAUAUCAAGAAGACUCAUCUUGCAUUGGAAGAAGAUUUAAAUUCAGAGAUCCGAGCUUUGGAUGCUUUGCACAAAGAGAAAAAUACCAAAGAGCUUAAAAUCACAGAUGUAAAGUCUGAAACAAAAGCGCGAAAGGGGGACAAAUCCUCUAUUACAGAGAAGAAAGACCUUUUAAAGGUAGAUGCUAGAUCAUCAGCUAAGGUCAUAGGCAGCGAGCACAUCCCAGAAGAGCACAAAGCAAGUAAAAGUACUAGUGGUGAACAUAAGGGUUCAAGUAAGAAAGAUGGACCUCAGUUUGGACCUUCUAAUCCUUCUGAAGACAUAGAUAUGGACAUUGUGUCCGUUCCUUCCUCAGUUCCUGAAGACAUAUUUGACAGCCUUGAGAAUGCUAUGGAAGUUCAGUGUUCAGCUGAUUAUCGAGUACAUGGCCGCCACAGUGGGACUGUGCCAGAAGUGGAGGGAUCAUCUCUAAAACUUCCCACUUCUUCAAAAGAUAGCAGAGGAAGUAGUAAGUCAAAAAUGGCAGUGAAAGUAAGAAAGGAAUUAUAUGUUAAACUCACCCCUGUCUCCCUUUCUCAUUCCCCAAUUAAAGGUGCUGACCUUCAGGAAGUUUCAAAAGAGAAGGAUGGCUGUAAAAGUUCUGGGGUGGCCCCCAACUCAGAGAAAUGUGGACUGGAAGAGGAAAAUAGUGAUAAUGAGUGUUCAGUUCAAAAUGAUGUUGAAUUACUUUUAGAAGAAUCUGAUCUUCGAAGAUCUCCACGUGUAAAAACUACACCCUUGAGGAGACAAACAGAAAGUAACCCUGCAAUAUCGAAUUCAGAUGAAGAAAGUAAUGAAUCUAUUAAAGAGAAACACAAGUUGUCAGUUCCGAUAAGAAAAAAGGAUAAGCGAAAUUCUACUGACUGUGCUGUUGAUAACCCUAAACCUCAUAAGGUGCCCAAAGCUAAGCAACCCACGGUUGUGGAUCAGAAUUCAGAUUCUGAUGAAAUGCUAGCAGUCCUUAAGGAGGUAAGCCAGAUGGGGCACAGCUCUUCUUCAGACACUGACGUUAAUGAAACACACAUGAAUCAUAAAGCUGAAGCAGGGACUGACGAUAAUGGAAAAAGGAAACGGAAAAAUUCUACUUCUGGGUCAGACUUUGACAUUAAAAAAGGAAAGUCAACUGACACCUCUAUUAUCUCUAAAAAGAAACGCCAGAGCUACUCAGAGUCCUCUAACUAUGACUCAGAGUUAGAGAGAGAGAUAAAAACCAUGAGCAGAAUUGGGGCUGCCAGAAUAACUAAAAAAAGUAUUUCAGGCAAAAAAGAACGUGACUUUUCUGAAGAUGAAAAACAGAGCAAAAAAGUAGUAGAUAAUGAAGGGCAGGCCAGGGUGAAGACUGACCAAGAAGGAUUGUCUAGUGACGACACUGGCGACACUGAAAAACAGGGAGAGAAUUUGUCUGCAGCUGAAAGCUCAGUUGAGAAAGACAAGAGUGCCAUGGAAUUGAGCGAGGCGCUUUGUGCAAGGCAGCAGCCAAGUGUUUCCUCCUAUGGUGCGGAAAAGCCUUCCGGCGGAGAGGAGGAUGGAAAUUCUAAAAGUAAAGAGAGGAGUAAACAUGUGAGAACCAGAGCAUGUAGAAAAGUACAGAGUGCUUCAUCUGAUGGUGCUGAUAGAUUUCCAAAGAAAGAGCACAGCGAUGAAUCUUCAGAAGGCGAGAAGAAGCACAAGAGACGGGAAACUGCAGCAAAAGGAAAGAAAACUUCGGACCUAAAGGAAGAAACAAUUAAGUCAGAGCAACAGUAUGAGUCUUCCUCUGAUGGUACUGAGAAGUUGCCUGAGGGAGAAGAAAUUGGCCAUUUUCCUAAAGGAAUAAAGCCAAAUAAGCAUGACACAACUGAUGGAGAAAAGAAAGGCAAAAAAUUGAAGGACAAGUUUUCCAAAAAGAAGGAAGACGCAUCUGAUAGUGUUGAUAAGUUGCCAGGCAAAGGAGACAGUUGUGACUCUUCAGAAGAGAAAAAGAGCAAGAAUGGAGUUUCUCAGAAAGAGAAGAAAAAAUCUAGCUUGGCUGCAAAGGGUUCAGGGAAGAGGCCAGAGUGUUCAUCCUCAGAUACUGAGAAAUACUCCUUGAAAGGAGAGUGUGAUUCUACCGAGAAGAGACCCAAAAGAACUGAAUUGAGAGAAAGAAGAAAUUUAAAUUCCAAGAGAAAUACCAAGGAAAUCCGGAGUGCUUCAUCUUCUUCCGAUGCUGAGGGAAGUUCAGAAGAUAAUAAAAAGCGGAAGAAACAAAGAACUUCAGCCAAAAAGAAGAUAGGCAACGCCAAGGAUAAAAGAAGAAAGUCCUUAAGAACAAGUACUAAAAGGAAGCAAGCAGACAUUACUUCUUCGUCUUCUGAUCUAGAAGAUGAUGAUCAGAAUUCUGCAGUCGAGGAGAGCAGUGAUGAACAGAAAAUAAAGCCUGUGACUGAAAAUUUAGUGCUGCCUUCACACAGUGGAUUUUGUCAGUCUUCAGGAGAUGAAGCCUUAUCUAAAUCAGUGCCUGUCACAGUGGAUGAUGACGACGACGACAAUGAUCCUGAGAAUAGAAUUGCCAAGAAGAUGCUUUUAGAAGAAAUUAAAGCCAAUAUUUCCUCUGAUGAGGAUGGAUCUUCAGAUGAUGAACCUGAAGAAGAGAAAAAAAGAAUUGGAAAACAAAGUGAAGAAACACCAGGAGAUGAGGAAGCCCCAGAUCAAGUCAAUUCUGAAUCAGAUUCAGAUUCCGAAGAAUCUAAGAAGCCAAGAUACAGACAUAGACUUUUGAGAUACAAACUGGCGGUGAGUGAUGGAGAAUCCGGAGAAGAAAAAAAGACAAAGCCUAAAGAACAUAAAGAAGCCAAAGGAAGAAAUAGAAGGAAGGUGAGCAGUGAGGAUUCAGAAGACACUGACUUUCAAGAGUCAGGAGUUAGUGAAGAAGUCAGUGAAUCUGAGGAUGAACAGCGGCCUAGAACAAGGUCUGCAAAGAAAGCAGAAUUGGAAGAAAAUCAGCGGAGUUAUAAACAGAAAAAGAAAAGACGACGGAUUAAAGUUCAAGAGGAUUCCUCCAGUGAAAAUAAGACCCAUUCUGAAGAAGAAAAAAAGGAAGAUGAUGAGGAGGAGGAGGAAGAGGAGGAGGAGGAUGAAAAUGAUGAUUCUAAGUCCCCUGGAAAAGGCAGAAAGAAAAUUCGGAAGAUUCUAAAAGAUGAUAAACUAAGAACAGAAACCCAGAAUGCCCUUAAAGAAGAAGAAGAGAGACGAAAACGUAUUGCAGAGAGAGAACGUGAGAGAGAGAAAUUAAGAGAGGUGAUAGAAAUUGAGGAUGCCUCACCUACCAAGUGUCCAAUAACAACCAAAUUGGUUUUAGAUGAAGAUGAAGAAACCAAAGAACCUUUAGUGCAGGUUCAUAGAAACAUGGUUAUUAAAUUGAAACCCCACCAAGUAGAUGGUGUUCAGUUUAUGUGGGAUUGCUGCUGUGAAUCUGUGAAAAAGACAAAGCAAUCUCCAGGUUCAGGGUGUAUUCUUGCCCACUGCAUGGGCCUUGGUAAGACCUUGCAGGUGGUCAGUUUUCUUCACACAGUUCUUUUGUGUGACAAAUUGGAUUUCAGUACAGCUUUAGUGGUUUGUCCUCUUAACACUGCUUUGAACUGGAUGAAUGAAUUUGAGAAGUGGCAGGAGGGACUAAAUGAUGAUGAAAAAGUUGAGGUCUCUGAAUUAGCAACCGUGAAACGUCCUCAGGAGAGAAGUUAUAUGCUACAGAGAUGGCAAGAAGAUGGUGGCGUUAUGAUCAUAGGUUAUGAGAUGUACCGAAAUCUUGCUCAAGGAAGGAAUGUGAAGAGUCGGAAACUUAAAGAAAUUUUCAAUAAAGCUUUAGUUGAUCCAGGCCCUGAUUUUGUUGUUUGUGAUGAAGGCCAUAUUCUAAAAAAUGAAGCAUCUGCUGUUUCUAAAGCUAUGAACUCUAUACGAUCAAGAAGGAGGAUUAUUUUAACAGGAACACCACUUCAAAAUAACCUAAUCGAAUAUCAUUGCAUGGUUAACUUUAUCAAGGAAAAUUUGCUUGGAUCCAUCAAGGAGUUCAGAAAUAGAUUUAUAAAUCCAAUCCAGAAUGGUCAGUGUGCAGAUUCUACAAUGGUAGAUGUGAGAGUGAUGAAAAAACGUGCUCAUAUUCUCUAUGAGAUGUUAGCCGGAUGUGUUCAGAGGAAAGAUUAUACAGCAUUAACAAAGUUUUUGCCUCCAAAACAUGAAUAUGUAUUGGCUGUGAGAAUGACUGCUAUUCAGUGCAAGCUCUAUCAGUACUACUUAGAUCACUUAACAGGUGUAGGUAAUAGCACUGAAGGUGGAAGAGGAAAGGCAGGUGCAAAGCUCUUUCAAGACUUUCAGAUGUUAAGUAGAAUUUGGACUCAUCCUUGGUGUUUGCAGCUGGACUACAUUAGCAAAGAAAAUAAGGGUUAUUUUGAUGAAGAUAGUAUGGGUGAAUUUAUAGCUUCAGAUUCUGAUGAAACCUCCAUGAGCUUAAGCUCAGAUGAGUAUGCAAAGAAGAAGAAAACAAAGGGUAAAAAAGGGAAAAAGGAUAGUAGCUCAAGUGGAAGUGGUAGUGACAAUGAUGUUGAAGUCAUCAAAGUCUGGAAUUCAAGAUCUAGAGGGGGUGGAGAAGGAAAUGUGGACGAAACAGGAAACAACCCCUCAGGUUCUGUGAAGCUAGAGGAAAGUAAAACUACUUCCACUUCUAAUCCAAGUAGUCCAGCUCCAGAUUGGUACAAAGAUUUUGUUACAGAUGCUGAUGCUGAGGUUUUAGAGCAUUCUGGAAAAAUGGUACUUCUUUUUGAAAUUCUUCGAAUGGCAGAAGAAAUUGGGGAUAAAGUUCUUGUUUUUAGCCAGUCACUCAUAUCUUUGGACUUGAUUGAAGAUUUUCUCGAAUUGGCUAGUAGGGAGAAAACAGAAGAUAAAGAUAAACCUCUUAUCUAUAAAGGUGAAGGGAAGUGGCUCAGGAAUAUUGACUAUUACCGCUUGGAUGGUUCUACUACUGCACAGUCAAGGAAAAAGUGGGCCGAGGAAUUUAAUGAUGAAACUAAUGUGAGAGGGCGAUUGUUUAUCAUUUCCACCAAAGCAGGGUCUCUUGGAAUUAACCUGGUAGCUGCUAAUAGAGUGAUUAUAUUUGAUGCUUCUUGGAAUCCAUCUUAUGACAUCCAGAGUAUAUUCAGAGUUUAUCGCUUUGGACAAACUAAGCCUGUUUAUGUGUAUAGGUUCUUAGCUCAGGGAACCAUGGAAGAUAAGAUUUAUGAUCGACAGGUAACAAAGCAGUCACUGUCUUUUCGAGUUGUUGAUCAACAGCAGGUUGAACGUCAUUUUACUAUGAAUGAGCUUACUGAACUUUAUACUUUUGAGCCAGACCUAUUAGAUGAUCCCAAUUCAGAAAAGAAGAAGAAAAGGGACACCCCCAUGCUGCCAAAGGAUACCAUACUUGCAGAGCUUCUUCAGAUACACAAAGAACACAUUGUAGGAUAUCAUGAACAUGAUUCUCUUUUGGACCACAAAGAAGAAGAAGAGCUGACUGAAGAAGAAAGAAAAGCAGCUUGGGAUGAAUAUGAAGCAGAAAAGAAGGGACUGACCAUGCGUUUCAACAUACCAACUGGGACCAAUUUACCCCCUGUCACUUUCAGCUCUCAGACUCCUUAUAUUCCUUUUAAUUUGGGAGCCCUGUCAGCAAUGAGUAAUCAACAGCUGGAGGACCUUAUUAAUCAAGGAAGAGAAAAAGUUGUAGAAGCAACGAACAGUGUGACAGCAGUGAGGAUCCAGCCUCUUGAAGAUAUCAUUUCAACUGUAUGGAAAGAAAACAUGAAUCUCUCUGAGGCCCAAGUACAGGCAUUAGCAUUAAGUAGACAAGCCAGCCAGGAGCUUGACGUGAAACGAAGAGAGGCAAUCUACAACGAUGUAUUGACAAAACAACAGAUGUUAAUCAGCUGUGUUCAGCGAAUACUUAUGAACAGAAGGCUCCAGCAACAGUACAAUCAGCAGCAACAACAACAAAUGACUUAUCAGCAAGCAACUCUGAGUCACCUCAUGAUGCCAAAGCCUCCAAGUUUAAUCAUGACUCCUUCUAACUACCAGCAGAUUGAUAUGAGAGGAAUGUAUCAGUCAGUGGCUGGUGGUAUGCAGCCACCACCCUUACAACGUGCACCACCCCCAAUGAGAAGCAAAAAUCCAGGACCUUCCCCAGGGAAAUCUAUGUGAUUUUGCACUAAAAGUUUAAAGGAUUAUUAAAAUCAUAGAAAGAUCUUUUAUUUUUUUAGGAAUCAAUGACUUAACAGAACUCAACUGUAUAAAUAGUUUGGACCCCUUAAAUGCCAAUCUUCCAUAUUAGUUUUAAAUUUUUUUAAAUAGGGCAUACCAUUUCUCUCUGACAUUUGUCAGUGAUAUUGCCUACAAUCUUCUUACACGCAUUGAGUACAGAAGAUAUUUCAAAUUGUUUUCAGUGAAAACAAAUCCUUCCAUAACAGUAACAGCUCCACAGAUUUCCUCUCUAAAUUUUUAUGCCUGCUUUUAGCAACCAUAAAAUUGUCAUAAAAUUAACGAAUUUAGAAAUGAAUAAAGAUUUAUAUAUUCGCUCUUUACAUAUAAAAACACACAGCUGAGUUCUUAGAGUUGAUUCCUCAAGUUAUAAAAAUACUUUUAUACUUAAUCCAUU